CCAGCUGGACUGGCAGUCUUUAUCCAGCCGUCCAGCCAAACACUCGGCUCCCUUUCAUAUACAAUCGCUUGUUGUGUUACCGUGUUGUCAACUUAUCGUGAUUGUAUAACAAAAUAAAAUUCUCCUCUUACACAAGUUUUCGUACAACAAUAUUAUUGUGGCCGGCGCAAAUAGACAAUUUAAACCGGAGAAUAAACUCUCAACACAGGAUUUGCAACAUCAAUCAUAUCGCCAACAAGUUGUAUGUCAUUACCCCCUCAUUGGCAACCCAUUCUCCGAUAACAAAAAAGUGACAGCUUCCAGAGCGCUCGGUGCGGAGCUAUAGAAGGAGGAGGUUCCAGUUGGUUCGCCAGUGGCUCGGGCCGUGUCCUUGUGUCUUGUGCACUUGUUACCUCCAGCCCAACAGACUCUCUUGGCGGGAUGGUGCGGCUGGUGUGUGCGUGGCUUAGAGGCACGAAUGAAGGGGAAAUAAGCAAAGGCUUCUCUCUCUCUCCAGUCGACAAGUGUCUUCCUACCGCUCAAGAGCGGACCUCACUUUUUUCGCUUACACAUCCAUCGCUCAUUCUGAAAUUCAUCAUACGCCGUGCUCUAUCUCAUUUCGGACUGUACAUUUUGCUUUGUUUUUUUUUAUCGUUUUUGACGUGAUCAUCUUCGCACACAGACAUAGAAAAAAACAGAAAAAAACAGGUGCGUGAGAAGAGCCGCGCGUUCCGGACUCUCCCGUGGUGCGGUGGAAAUGCUCCAGUGAACAAUAACGCCACAUCCGCUCAAUCAUCAUUCGUCUAUUUGAGACUGGCAAUAGCGACUUGCUGUUUCACUGUCCAUCCAGGGAGACGAGGGAGACGAGAGAGUGCCAAUCAUUUAUUGAACACAUCACAUUGAUUGUUCCAUGAGUGGACUCGGAAUCGAGAAAUGAGUCUGACAUUUGAUUAUCGUCGACUUCCUUGGCUGUUGCUUUUGUUGCUGGUCAGCGAGGGAACGUCCGACUACCGGGACGGUUUCGAGUACCCGUUCAUCACAACCCGCCAUCCUGCGCCAGUUCGAUCCUAUUCAAUGGCACCGGGGUGGCGGCAGUUUUAUCCGGAGGAUUACGACUUUAGCGACUACAGCCGUCACAUCACUCGCUCGGAUCCGGCAUCUCGCAACAGCGCCGCCGAGCAAAUUCCCAGUGGGCCUUAUUUUGCCCAGGAGCUCAAGAGGUACUACCACAAGCCGGCCGAGGAGCCGCACAAGGUGUACCAGACGUCGUGGAACAUGAUCGAUUCGGAAGGCAACGAAUAUUCCACCGUCUACAAUCGACCCGCAAUGACCGGCUACCAUCGCCCAUCGUCUUUAGCUUCUUCUUCUUCCGGCAUUCUACUGCCCACCGAUCAGUAUCCGUUCGUUUUGGACGCCUGGCAACAGCAGCAGCAGCAGCAGCAUCACGUCGAGCAGCAGCCAAUAAAAGAGCGGCCGACACGCAAACCCAUCAGCAAGAAACCUGUGCGCAAGAAGAACAAAGGAGUGCGGCCCAUUCAUCCAGCCGGUUACCAACAGCUUGUAACCAAGAUUCCGGAUAAAAAACACCAGUUCGACAUUGACAAAGUAGCCGACGGACUUGCACCCCAGUCGAUCGCUUCUGCGUACCCGAACGGCGUCAUGGGCACUUUGUCCCUUAUGGCCGGUCUUGUUUGGUACCUGGUCAACAAAUCGGCCACGCCCGUCAUCAAAAUGCGCCAGAAUUCGCGGGGCUACUCCGACAGCUACAGCAACAACGAAGACGAAGAGUCGUUGACACAGACGGCCAUCAACCAGCUGGCCGAUUACUGGCUGGGCUCUCUCAAGCAAACCGAUUGCCAGCAAAGGGCCGUUUGCGAACUCGUCUCCCAGUCCUCCUGGCUCUCUUCAGCCACACGAUGGAGUCAAUCCGCUUAUCGGUCACCAAUGGUGCAGAAGGCCAUCGACUCGUUCAUAGAAGAGGAAGAACUGGGCGUCCAGUUGGACGAUGAUGAGUCCAAGUUGGCCUUGCUCGUCCAAGCCGCUUCUCACGGCGAGCAGGGCGUCGACUGCGCCGCUUUCUACCCGCACUGCUCCCUGCCGUUUCACGAGGAAUCGCGAGACCGUCGGCGCUAAAUUUUUUUUUAGAGUCGUCGCGAUUGUCAUGAUUUUUAAAAUUUGAUCAGUGCUGUAUAGAUUUGGCCACAUUGUAUAAGGUGUUGAUUGAUAUGAAAAAUACGAGUUCAAAUAGCGUCACCGCACUCCGGAGUAAAAAAAAAAACAAUUAAAUCAAUUGGCCGGAGUUGUCCGUCACGUUCGUCACUGCUUUUAUUUGAAUAUAAUAAAUAAAUAAAUAAAUAAAUAGAUUAUAGUCUGUACAGAGUUUCUCUCGGUCUCUUUUUAUUUAAAUAUAAACAUGUAUUGUCCCAUUGAUUUGUAUAUCCUCACCUUAUGAUUUGUCGCUAUUGUUCACGAUGCAUUUUGCGAUUGUUUGUUUGUCGUGUAUUUUGCUGCCCGUAUGUGUUAGUACUUAUAUAACCGAGGGCCAAAAGAAUUGUUUCCUUUGUGUAGCAAUUUGUAACGAUCAAGUCGACAAUAAAAGACAUACAAUUCAA